AACAUCGACCCACUGGCAAUUAAGAAUACUCCUAAUGCUUACUUAUACCAGCUAAAGUUUUAUUUUCCUUUUGUCUUAUUUUAUGAUUUAACCAAAUGUAUACAGAUGACUUUUCUUCGAAUUUAGAGAUAAGCUUUAUAUCAAUGGAAGUAGGUUUCCAUUGUAGAUUUAUUGUCUUUUCAAGAAAGAGAUCAAUUUGGGUCAGGAAAGUUAUCUAAUCCAUAAUAGUUCACGAGUCAGUACACGUUUUGACAUUCUCUUCUGUCAAUACUAUCUUCUUAUUUUUCUAGUGUGCUAGAAUCAUAAUCAUUCAUUCAUACGACAUCUUCUACAUAAUACAUAGUGACUAUAACAUUCUAGAAAGUCGGUCACAAUCAACAGUUCAACACUAAAUUUGAUAAUGUUCCAAUACAGUCGUGACUUUUUAUAGUUUCGUGGGGUCCAAAAUGCACAUAGAUAUUGAUACAUCAACAAAACUCCAUAUAUCUAAUAUAACCAAUAAUUUAUUUUGUUUUCUUAUUGCUAUUUGCCAUUGGAAUACUUUUUUAAAAUACAAAAAAAUAAUUUUGAUCAUGGAAGAUUCAAAAAGGUUAGUGUAUUUAAUUAACACUGUACAAUAAUUGUAAAUUCAUCGCACUUGCACAUUAUAUUAUACUAAUCUAAUCUACCUAAUGUCAAUUACUCAAAUUUGAAAAACACAAAGGUCAAAGACAGGUCACAAAACGCAAUCAUGAUAAAAAAAAUGAAGAAAAAUAGAAACAUACGGUUUUGACGGAAGCAGAGAAGGUGGCUGAGUAAUGGUGGCGGCGAAAGUGAAACUAUUGAUGACGCCUCGACGCUCUCCUCCACGGUUUGAUAUGGUCAAACAUAAGAAAAUGUCCGUUUCAUCACACUCUUCUUCAAUGCUUUCAACAAAACCCCAACCACUUUCCUCUUACUUUGUCUUCUGACCAUCUCUCUCCUCUCUGUUUCACUGUCUCUGCAACCUGAUCAUGUUCUUUCCCUUUUAACUCUCUUUCUCUCUCUCUCUCGAUCUAUCCGCGUCUUGGGUCACUUCUUCUUCUUCUCCCAAUAUGUGUUGGUCACAUGUCUCUCGUCUCCUUCCUCUGUUCCUCCUCUGUUUCUGGUCCUCUGUUUUUGCUCAAGACGGUAUCACCAAUCCCGUCGAAGUGAGGGCUUUGCGAGCUAUAAAGGAAAGUUUAAACGAUCCAGUUCAGAGAUUGAGAAAUUGGGGGCGUGGUGAUCCGUGUGCUUCCAACUGGACAGGUGUUCUCUGCUGGAACUCCACUCUUGACGAUGGUUAUCUCCAUGUCAAAGAAUUGCAAUUGCUAAGCAUGAAUCUCUCAGGGAACUUGUCCCCGGACCUUGGACGGCUGACUCGUCUUACUAUCUUAGAUUUCAUGUGGAACAAGAUAACCGGAAGUAUACCAAAGGAAAUUGGGAAUAUCAAGUCUUUGGAGCUCUUGCUAUUGAAUGGGAAUCUAUUAACUGGAAACUUACCAGAGGAGCUUGGCUAUCUUCCAAACUUGGAUAGAAUACAGAUUGAUGAAAACCGUAUUUCAGGAUCACUCCCCAAAUCCUUUGCCAAUUUAAACAAGACUAAGCACUUUCACAUGAACAAUAAUUCAAUUAGCGGGCAGAUUCCUCCAGAGCUUGGAAGCUUACCUUCAAUUGUUCACAUCCUUCUUGACAACAACAAUUUAACUGGCUAUCUUCCUCCUGAGUUAGCAAACAUGCCUAAUCUGCUUAUCCUGCAAUUAGAUAACAAUCAUUUUGAUGGGACCACGAUUCCACCCUCUUAUGGAAACAUGACUAAGCUUUUGAAGAUGAGUCUUAGGAACUGCAGCUUGCAAGGACCAAUGCCUGAUCUUAGCAGUAUCCCAAAACUUGGUUAUCUGGACCUAAGUCGAAAUCAGUUGAAUGGAUCUAUACCUACAGGGAAGCUUUCUGAUAACAUCACAACCAUCGAUCUGUCCAACAACAGUUUUACUGGAACCAUUCCAACAAAUUUCUCAGACCUUCCGCGGCUUCAAAAGUUGUCGGUUGCAAACAAUGCUCUGAGUGGUUCCAUUCCCUCUAGCAUAUACCAGGACAGAGUGUUGAAUUCAACCGAGACUCUUACCGUGGAUUUGCGGAACAAUAGAUUUUCAAAUAUUACUGGCAGAUCUGAUCCCCGUCCAAAUGUGACCGUCUGGCUUCAGGGGAAUCCGUUAUGCUCAAAUGGAAACCUUCUUCAGUUGUGUGGAUCUCUAACCGAACAAGACAAUAACCAGGGCCCAACCAGACCUAAUACAACUUGUUCUAUCUGCCCACCUCCUUAUGAGCUAUCUCCAGAACCUCUUAGAGAAUGCUUUUGCGCUGCUCCUCUGCUCGUUGGAUAUCGUUUGAAAAGUCCCGGUUUCUCUGAUUUUGUUCCUUACGUAUCCGAGUUUCAGCAAUACAUCACCUCUGGUCUUAAUUUGGAUCUGUAUCAGCUGCGCAUUGACUCGUUCCGGUGGCAAAAAGGACCUAGACUUCGAAUGUAUCUCAAGUUCUUUCCUGUUUAUGGUUCAAAUCCCAACAACUCUUUCAUAUUCAAUCGGAGCGAGGUUAGGCGGAUAAGGGGCAUGUUCACUGGAUGGAACAUCCCUGACGGAGAUCUCUUUGGGCCUUAUGAGCUUAUGAAUUUCACAUUGUUAGAGGUCUACAGAGAUGUGUUUCCUCAAGGUUCUCCGUCUGGUGUAAGUAAGGGUGCAAUAGCGGGUAUAGUACUUGGUUCAGUUGCAGCUGCAGUGACGAUAACUGCUAUUAUUGCACUUAUCAUUAUGAGGAAACGUAUGAAAGGAUACGCUGCAGUUUCUAGGAGAAAGCGAUCUUCCAAGGCUUCUUUGAAGAUAGAAGGGGUAAAGAGCUUCACAUAUGCUGAGCUGGCUCUGGCUACGGAUAAUUUUAGUAGUUCCACUCAAAUUGGGCAAGGUGGUUAUGGAAAAGUCUACAAAGGUAUCCUUGUCGAUGGAACGGCUGUGGCAAUUAAAAGAGCACAAGAGGGAUCGUUGCAGGGUGAGAAGGAGUUCCUAACUGAAAUUGAACUGUUGUCGAGGUUACAUCACAGGAACCUUGUUGCUUUGGUUGGAUUCUGUGAUGAAGAAGGCGAACAGAUGCUGGUUUAUGAGUACAUGGAACAUGGUACUUUGCGAGACAACAUUUCUGUUAAGUUGGAAAAGCCUUUGGACUUUGCGAUGAGAAUGCGGAUUGCUAUAGGCUCAGCAAAGGGGAUCCUGUACUUGCACACGGAAGCUAAUCCACCAAUAUUCCAUCGAGAUAUCAAAGCUAGUAACAUUUUGUUGGACUCAAGGUUCAUUGCAAAGGUUGCUGAUUUUGGACUCUCGAGACUCGCUCCAGUGCCUGAUAUGGAAGGCAUCUCGCCUCAUCAUGUUUCUACUGUUGUAAAAGGGACUCCGGGUUACCUUGACCCGGAAUAUUUCUUGACUCAUCAACUGACUGACAAAAGCGAUGUAUAUAGCUUAGGCGUAGUGUUCCUGGAGCUUUUGACAGGAAUGCAGCCAAUCACACAUGGCAAGAACAUAGUUAGAGAGACUAACAUCGCAUACCAGUCUGGUUCGAUAUCAUCAGUCGUGGACAAGAGAAUGAGCUCAGUUCCAGCUGAAUGCAUCGAGAAGUUUGCAACGUUAGCUCUGCGAUGCUGCAGAGAGGAGACUGACGCGAGGCCUUCAAUGGCGGAAGUUGUAAGAGAACUGGAAAUCAUAUGGGAACUGAUGCCGGAAUCUAAGACAGCCAAAAGGGAGGAUAUGUCUGAGACAACGAGUCAGCCGUCAUCGUCAUCAAACUCUUCAUACUUGAAGAAUCCACAUCCUUAUACAUCGAUGGAUGUCUCUGGCUCUGACCUCGUCAGUGGAGUAGUUCCCUCUGUUGCACCUAGAUAGCCAAGUUUCUUCGAACCAUAUAUAUACCACACACUCUUUGUUUGAUUGUUCAGUGUGUUUUUGUUUUUGUUCUUUCUUUGUACUUUGUACAGAAAGAAGUUAUUGUAAUCCAUGUAACAGUAGUUUA